AUGUCCCAACAGCAGGCCCCAGCCAUGAAGAGAAGGCGUACCGAUUCCGAAGCCCUUACGCCGCCUGUAAGCGUCGAUGACCCUGAGGGUGCCAGUCUCUUGUCGCGCGCUGUCCAUGUCCUCUCCACCGCCGCGACCGCUCUCUCCCAGGUCACCAUCCUAUACCAGUCUGAUCCCACUGCGCGGGAGGGCCUCAUGCAGGCAGUCGAAUGCAUCAGGCGCGUCAAAGAAGCAGGUGGUAAGCUGCUCGUUUGUGGCGUGGGCAAGAGCGGGCUUGUUGGCAGGAAGACGGUCGCGAGCAUGAAGAGUCUGGGUAUCCCGUGUACCUUCCUGCACCCUGCUGAGGCUUUGCAUGGUGAUCUAGGCGACAUUCGGCCUAACGACGCCGUCAUGUUCAUCUCCUACUCUGGCAAGACGUCCGAGCUCAUGGCUGUCCUCGAUCACGUUCCGUCCUCUAUACCUGUGCUAGCCAUCACAUCCCAAACAAAGCCAACCGACUGCCCCCUUCUCCGCGACAGAUCCGAGGGCAUACUGCUGCCUGCGCCAAUUCAUGAGCUCGAAGAGGUCUCCUUCGGCGUGUGCGCACCGACCACCUCAACCACCGUAGCAAUUGCUGUUGGCGACAUGCUCAUGCUUACGCUUGCCCAUGCCUUGCACGCAGACAACACCAAGAAAGUCUUCAAAAAGAACCAUCCAGGCGGCGCGAUCGGCGAGAAUGCGAAGCGGAAGGCAGCAGAAUUGGAUACAGAUGAUGUCACGAAAUGUAUGAAGAAGCACGCCGGGCUACUGUCGCCUGCUUGA